AUGUCCCGGCAUCGGUUUCUCCGCCAAUCAUCUGUACUGGCACUUCUCGCCGCUGUCUCCCCCGGAUUGGGGGUUCCAACUGGAUCCACGUCGACACAAGCUCGAGGCCAUCACUGCAUUGUUCAAUCAUCCAAUGGCACCGCAGAUGACUCACCGGCAAUUUCCCAGGCUUUCGCACGCUGUGCGACCGACUCGGUCAUUACCUUCGAGAAAGGUGUCAAUUACAACCUCUUCCAUCCCAUUCAGGCCACCAACCUAAGCAACGUGGAAAUCCGCAUGCACGGAAACCUACAUCUCCCGCGGAACAUUACUGCCGUCCAAGACAUCGUCAGCGGGGGCAAGUCGACAUGGGUUACGUUAGAGGGACCGCGCGUGGACUGGACUGGCCCCGAAGAUGUGAAUGACGGUUGGAUCAACUCCUACGGCCAGGCCUGGUGGGAUGCCAACCCUGCCAAUGGCACAGGGAUCGAUGGUCGUCCACACCUCAUGAGUCUCAAGACGAGCCAGGCAACGUUGAAGUAUUUCCGGUCGCGCAAGCCCAUUGCUUGGAAUGUGAAACUGCACGGUGACGACAUCACGGUUAGCCAUGCCAUCGUCGACGCGCGCUCUACGGGCGGGUUCCCCUUCAACACGGACGGUUUUGACGUGAAGGGCACCAAUAUUCGCAUCGCUGAUAGUAUGAUGUACAACGGAGAUGAUGCCAUUGCGGUGGGAUCCGAGUCCCAUGACAUUGUGUUCGAACGGAACACGAUCGGGUAUCAGACGCACGGCAUGAGCAUUGGAUCUUUGGGCAAAGAUCCCUCGGAUUAUGUCAAUAUCACCAAUCUGAGGUUUGAAGACGUCACCGUGGAUGACGGGCUCUAUGCCGCCCGCUUCAAGUCCUGGGCUGGCGGACAAGGGCUGGUCAAGAAUGUGACCUGGAAGAACAUCCGCGUGUCCAACGUCACCUUCCCGAUCUUCGUCACCCAGAGCUACUUGGAUCAAAGCGUCACGCGAGAGGACGUGGAUACUGAUUCGUCGGUGAUGAUGGAAGACUUUACUUGGACCAACUUCACCGGCUCGAUCAACACCUUCCAGCCGGGCGAUGGGUCGUGCGCCACGACGCCCUGCUGGUACGAUGCCGGUCUUUCCAACCUGAACCACACGGAGGCAAUCAUUAUCGAGUGCAAUACCAAGAAGUCCUGCAAGAAUUUUGCAACCGAGAGCAUCGAGCUGUAUCCCCAGAAUCAGGACUCACCCAGCGUCAUCUGCAUCGAUGCCACGGCCGAACUGAACCCCAAUCUGGGAUUUGACUGUCGCAACGGCACGUAUACACCUCUGUCUGGCUGAUGCACCCAGCCGAUCCCUUCAUGUACAUACAUAGUAUAUAGUAUAGACCCUUCUCCGAGAGAAUAGCAUACAGCAUCAACGUGACUUCCAG